AAGGAACCUUCGUGGCUCCUGUCAUGAACCAUCCAGCGUGUCCGAGUUGAUAUAGAAAAACAGAGUAUUUAGCCCCCAAUGGUACCCAGCUGAAACCUCAAUGCCUGCAUAUAACUUCACCUAUCGGUGUGAAUAGAGGUUUACCCACAGCUACCUAGGCAAAGGUAGGUAGGCGUUUAUGUAUAGACUGGGGACCUAGGUGAAGGAGGUUCAGCUGGUUCAGUUGUUUCAAAGCCAUGGCGGAAAGCCGAAAUAGGUCCAUGAUAAAGAUUUAUAUCACUAUGUUCCUGCCAUAAAGCUGGAGGUAGGCUUCGCACCAUUCUGCUGCGACUGGUAUUGGCGCAACUAUGACACCACAACCAGAACAGCAUUCGAAGGAACGAUUCGGUUUAGACAAUCCAAACAGGGUUGAACAUGUCUGUGACCGAGGCGAGAGAUAUAUCCAUCAUACUAGUGUUUACAAAUCCCAGGAUACACUUUACAGUCCAUUCAAUUGCAAUCCCGAGGAAAUUGUCCAAGAGAUCGAAGAAGAGCUAGACGCAGCGAAAGUUCCCAGCGCCUUAGAUGUAGACAAAGAGUACAUCCCCAGGCGCAUGCUUCGUAAAAUUCUCACGCCCCGAAGAGUCCGAACUAUUCUAAACCUUCCAAGCUUCGAAACCCGGAGAGACAAAGAUGAGUUGACGACACUUAUCUGCUUCGGGUCAACUGAUUCGAAGCCAAGCUUGAAGCUACUGGGCGUUCUCAUAGGCAUGGGACAUGGUAAGGUGUAUGAGCUUUUGAAGUUCAUGGAAGAUGGAAUGGAUGAUGGGUGUCUCCCACUAGAAUUAGGACUCUCUAACCGGAGGGAAGCUUCCUGUCGAAAGCAUGAGGGGAACCACGCUAUUAUUAACAGCCAUAAUGUUCGAAAAGAGGACAGAGAUGUGUUUACUCGGUGGGCUCACAGCUUGACAGCACCCUACAUUAGUGGCAACAAGAAUAAGCAUCUACACUAUGUCCUUCACCAUCGUGAUGUCUUUCCGAUGGAGCUCAUUGCCAAAAUGCAAAAGGACGAUACAUCAGAAUCGAACUAUGGGAGCUCGAUAGGUUCUAUACCGCAAUAUGGAGGGUUCAGUGAGGUGUACCAGGUCAAGAUAGAAAAGAGUCAUUGCAGGUUCGAUGAUGUCGGGAUGCGUCAUCCUGAUGGAUAUUACGCGUUGAAGAAGUUGAAUUCUCACAGCCGUGAAAAUUUCAACCUAGAGCUUUCGUCUCUGUUAUUCUCCAUGGACAAUGCCGCUACUCGGAGAGCGCGUUUGCAUUUGAUCCAGGUCCUGGCGACGUUCGAGGUACCGAAUCCUACUGCAUCGCGCACAAACUAUUAUCUCCUUUUCGACUGGGCUGAGGGAAACCUCAAGGACUUCUGGAAAAGAAAUGAGAAGCUCCGUGGGGACAUGAGCCACUGCGCGUGGAUGUCUAAGCAAUUCCAUGAAAUCUGUCUAGCGAUGCAGUGUGUACACAACGAUCGCGACCGGACUUUGAAGUAUAUAGGUAGCGACGCAAGUAAACUCACAAGAGGCCCGCCUAGCCGAAACUUUGAGGUCGAUCUUUACGGGCGCCAUGGCGAUAUCAAACCGGAUAAUUUCCUUUGGUUCCACCCUAAACGACCUGCUAGAGACCUCAUAGUUCUGUCUGAUUUUGGGUUGGCAAGACUGCAUACCCAGGCGUCCCGGUCAAACCAAGACCCGGGAAAUAUCGCCCGAACAGCAACAUACAUAGCCCCCGAAUUCGAUUUGCCUGGUGGCAUGAUCUCGCGUGCGUCUGACAUCUUCGGUCUCGGUUGUGUCUUCCUCGAACACGUCACGUGGUUCUUGAGAGGAUUCGACAGCGUGGAGAACGAGUUCCCGGCUCGGAGGAACCAGAAGGACAUUUACGGCUUUGAGGCAGAUAAGUUCUUCGUCAUCCAUCCUGAUGGACCCGAGGGCAAGCAGCGGGCCUUCUUAAACCCCGAAGUUAGGAAAUGGAUCGACGAGCUACAGCAGCACGAAGACUGUACCUGGUAUCUUCACCAGCUCCUCGAAAUAAUCCAGGAGAAGAUGCUAGAGCCUGAUCGUAACAAACGGGUAUCCAUCAGUCUUCUCAUCGAGGACAUGAAAUUGCUUCGAAUUACCUGCGAGCGAAAUGAUAGCUUCUAUUUGAAGACGACCAGCGAACCCUGGAUACAGUCAAAAGCAUCUGUACCUAGGUAUUAUAGCCUGCCAAUCAACAUCCCCCACCAAGAAAGCAUCACUGCAGAUGAACACGACACGGUUCCGAUAGAAAUUGAUACGGGCCAGCGUUGAUAUUUCCCAAUUACCUACGUACCUAGCACAUGAUUGCCAAAGCCAAAAGAAGCUCUUCCAGCUUAUAUUGUUCAUCGACUUGGUGCAAAGUGUUUCGAAUUGCUUCAGGCCAAGCCUUUGUUUAUCCAUUAUAAUGGAAGCGGGCCAUUUUCUAUUUCAAGUGGGAGGAGACCAAGAAGGGCAACUCACAUAGAUGUGCGCCAGGUACAAUACAUACAUACCCUGAGCGUUCCAUAAAUAUACGCUGAGGGCGGCUAAUACCAUGACAAGGCCAAUCAGGUAAGCUGAAAUAUGCAUGGAGGCAAAUUCAUUGAACCAACGCCGCGGCC